UCCUCCCCGUCCCCCUCCCACCGCUCCUCGCGCUCCUUCACCUUCCCUUUCCCCCACCCUCGUUUAUCAACAUGCUUCGCGCGGCAUUGGUAGUCUCUGCUCUUGCGGCCGCUCGGUCGGCUCUUGGGCAAACCAUUAUCACGGGAGACGCGUCCGUAGCGGAUGGGAAGGCUUUCGACUACAUCAUUGCCGGAGGCGGUCUUACAGGUCUUGUGGUCGCGAACAAGCUGUCGGCUGCAGGGAAUUCUGUACUCGUUGUCGAAGCCGGUCCUGAUUCCAAGGACAUUGAAGCGGUCAAUGUAGCCGCUGACCGCAACAACAUCACGCCCGAGGAGUGCAACUGGAAAUAUGAAGCGGUCGACGACAACGGCAACCCGCUCAGCUGGAAGAUCGACAGUGGCCGCUGCAUUGGCGGGAGCUCCUCCAUCAACGGCAUGGUGUGGUACACCCCCACACAACCGGAGAUGGACACCCUCGAAGCGCUCGGCUCACAGGGGUGGAACUGGUACCAGCUGCGGCCCUACAUGAAGGCCGUGGAGAACUACCAUCUCCCUGAUGACCAGCAGAAGGCCGAUGGCGCCUCAGUCAAGGAGGAUCUCCAUGGCUACAGCGGCCCGGUGAAUGUCUCGUUCCCGAUCCCUAUGCGCAUUCCCGAGGCGCAGGCUCUGUACAAGUCGGCGAUGCCGUCUGUGUUCAACGGCCUCACCCUUCACGACGAUUUGAGCGACCGCACCGGGUCAGUAAUGGCGUCGACCUCGUGGACGUGCUGGAAUGACCAGUCUUCGGGUUCCAAUGUCAUCAAGCGGUCUUCAGCAGCGCAAGCCUUCCUUUACGCCCCCGACCAGCAGCGCUCGACGCUGACGGUUCUCCACGACCACAAAGUCCUCAAGGUCAACUUCGACAGCAACAUCAAGGCCACGGGCAUUCAGUUCGGUCCUGCCGACGGCGGCGAUAUCCUCACUGCCACCGCCAACAAGGAGGUCCUUUUGGCUGCAGGUAGCUUGGCGACGCCCCCUAUUCUGGAGCACUCCGGCGUCGGUGACAAGAGCAUCCUCGAGAAGUUCGGCAUCACGACUCUCGUUGACCUUCCUGCUGUCGGUCGCAACUUGCAGGACCAGCCCGGCACUGGGGCCAGCGCUCUCGUCCUCCCUACCAACGCUUCCAACAACAAGCUGAUCGACAACGUCAACAUGUUCGCGCCCGUCAUCUCCCUUGUUGACAUCGACCAGAUCUUCGGCAACAGCUCCAACGCCAAGAAGGAGGCCUUGAGAACGGGUGUUCAAGCUCGCGCUCAGGCGGCCGUCGAUGCUGGUGCCAUGGUCAACCUCGACAGCGCUAUGGCUAUCUUCCAGGCGCAGACAAAGCUCAUCAUUGAGCAGAAUAUGCCUGUCGCUGAAGUUGUCGGCGAGAGCUACCCGUCCGUCAUGACCUCCGUCUUCUGGCCCCUUCUCCCCUUCUCGCGCGGUCACAUCCACAUCAAGAGCGACGAUCUCUUCGCCGCUCCGGCCAUCACGCCCCGCCUGCUCACCGACGAGUUCGAUGUGCAAGUCGCCAUCAACGUUGCGAGAAAGGCGCAGUCGAUGUUCACCGUCUGGCCCUUCGAUUCGAUCAUCAGCACGGCGUUCCUCGACGUCGCGCAGGGCGCCUCGGAUGCGAUUUGGGAGGCUUGGUACAAGAGCACUGCCUACGGUGCUUCGCACUGGGUCGGUAGCUCUUCCAUGCUGCCCCGCGCUAAGGGUGGCGUCGUGAACAACAAGCUGCAGGUGUACGGUACGACUGGCCUCCGUGUCAUCGACGCGUCCAUCCUGCCGCUUCCCAUCACCUCGCACACCAUGACCACAGCCUAUGCCAUCGCGCACAAGGCCGCGGACAUCAUCCUCGGCAAGGACACGAGCGUCCUGUAAGCAGCGUGCGAUUUCAGCAUGCCACCACCUCCGAGGGCUCUUGCCUUGUCCUUUGUUCUUGCUUUCGGCGUGAUUGUCGCGCUUCGUCCCUGUACGGGAACCGCUCUCCUUACACUUCUUUGCGCAUCAGAAUGGACUUUCCUUUACUGUAGAUACUUACACCUGGUAAAUAGUCUCUCGAAUGUGUGUACUUCGUACUCGCACUGCGUAACUCGCACCACACGCUCUUUCCCUCCUCACGCACCGUAGUCGCUGUUGUAGAUAAUGGGUGGCACAUGGACUUUUCGCUGUCGAGCAUGUUGC